AUGCUUGUGCAACGUUAUCCUGAUGCUUAUGAUGGUAUUUUGGCUCUCGCACCCGCGAUCAACUGGGCACAAUUCAUCGUCGCCGAGUACUGGCCUCAGCAGGUGAUGAAUCGGCUGGGUUAUUAUCCGUUGUCGUGCGAACUCGAUGCCAUCACCGCCCCGGCUAUCGAUGCGUGCGACGAGCUGGAUGGGGUCAAGGACGGCGUUAUCUCCUUACCAGGCGAAUGCCACUUCGAUGCUGUAGCGAUGAUCGGGCAAACCUUCAACUGCCACGGCACCGAGAUGCUCCACUCGCCUCAAGCCGCGCAAAUCGCCAACGCUGCAUGGACUGGCCCGCACAACUCCUCGCUGUAUGCAUGGUACGGUCUGAACCGCGAUAGCUCCCUCACAACCGGCCUCGCAAACACGACCUGCAGUAACAACAACGAUGCAGCAUCCUGCAUCGGCAACCCGUUCGCCAUAGCCUCGCAAUGGAUCAAGCUCUUCCUCGCCAAAGACGAGAAUUUCGACAUCACCGCCCUCCCUACGACGAUUACACCGAUAUCUUCCACCAAAUACCAAAGCAAAAUCGGCACCGCGGACCCAGACCUCUCGCGUUUCCGCCACCACGGAGGCAAAAUAAUCGCCUGGCACGGCUUAGCCGACCGUCUCAUCUUCCCCAAUGGAACAGUGCAAUACUACGAGCGCGUUCUGGACCUGGAUCCCCAUGCUGCAGACUUCUACCGCUUCUUCGAGGCGCCGGGGACGGACCACUGUCGGGCUGGAAGCGGACCGUAUCCGAACGAUACGUUAGCUGCGCUUGUGGACUGGGUGGAGCGUGAGAAGGCGCCGCAGACGCUGACGGCGGUGGAUGCCGAGACUGGUGCUGUGAGGAGGCUGUGUGCUUAUCCCGCUACGCAGAGAUAUAUCGGUGGCGAUCCGUUACGGCCGGAGAGCUUUGCGUGUGAGAAGGUAGAGUGGCGGAUCAUGAACAGCGAUCGGCGCAUCAGGGGUUCACGAGUAGGGCCGCGCAUGGUGUAA